UUUGUUCAUUUAUUCGGGUUCACGCGUCAAGUCGGUAACGUAGAAAAAAACAAAUUCAUUUCAUUUUUGUUUUUUUCCAAAUACACACGCACUCAAAUGCAAAAUAAUUUAAAUUUUUUACAUAAUUCUCAUCAAUAAAAAGUGUAAAUUUUCAAGUAUAUUUGAUUAAAAGUGCAAAAAAUUUUUAAUAAAAAUUCAAUUUGGGACAAACGUCAAGAAAAAAUUUAACAACUUCUUUUGCAAAAAAGAGCACAAAAAAGCUGAGAAAGAAAAAUUAAAAAUAAAACAACAACAUACACAACGACGGCUGACAUAAAAAGCACACCACCACUAACAAUAACAACAACAUCAUCAUUAUCAUCAACAUUAAACAACAAAACUUAAAAAAGUAAAAGAAGAAAGAAAAAAAAAUUACAAAAUUUUUAUAUAGAAGACAACAACAAACCAAAAGUAAAAGGUUAUUUUUUCAUAUUUGCCAGACAACUAAAGAAAUAUUUGCAAGGAUUAUUUAAAUAAUUGGAAAAUAAUUAAAAGCAACAUUAAAACAAGUAAUUAAAUAAAAAGUGCAUUAAGACUGAUCGAUAUAAAAGAUUCUUAUAAAAAAAUUUAAUUUAAAAAACAAACAAAAAACUUGCAUUAUAAAUUUUUUAAUUAAAACUCGAAUAUAGUGUAUUGUGUAUUUAUUUAUCAGCGUUAGCUAUAGUAUUAGAAUAAACAAACAAAAAUGACCACAAAUCUACGUCAGAUUCCCUUAACCUGCAGUGGACACACUCGCCCUGUAGUGCAUUUGGAUUUUAGUGAUGUUUGUGAUAGUGGCUACUUUUUAAUAUCGGCAUGUAAAGAUGGCAGUCCCAUGUUACGGCAGGGUGAUACCGGCGAUUGGAUCGGUACAUUUGAGGGUCACAAGGGAGCUGUAUGGGGUGUAGCUUUAAAUAAAAAUGCCACCUUGGCAGCUUCAGGUGCAGCAGAUUUUACGGGAAAAGUAUGGAAUGCCAUUACAGGCGGUGAACUACAUAGUUUCCAACACAAACACAUUGUUAAAUCGGUGGCAUUUGAUACGAAUUCCGAGAAUAUAGUUACAGGCAGCAAUGAGAAAUUGGUACGUGUCUUUAAUCUCGAACAGCCACAGGCUGAGCCCGAAAUGUAUAGCGGUCAUGGUGGCGCAAUUAAAAGAGCACUAUUCUGUCGCAAUGAUAAGUGCAUUAUAACGGCAGCUGAUGAUAAGACCGUACGUUUGUGGGAUCGUUUGACCGGCAAUGAGGUGCAACGUCUUUCAUUCCCCAACAAUCCGAAUAGUUUAGAGAUUUCCGCAGACAAUCAUAUACUUACGAUAACUCAUGGUUCCAGUAUUAGUUUUUGGGAAGUGGAAACAUUGAAGAAACUUAAAGAAGUUAAGGUGCCCACUAAUGUCUCGUCGGCCAGUUUGCAUCCGGAUAAACAUGUGUUUGUGUGUGGUGGUGAAGAUUUUAAAAUGUAUAAAUUUGAUUAUAUAACUGGCAAUGAAAUUGAAUCUUUUAAGGGCCACUUUGGUCCUGUUCACUCAGUGAAAUUUUCGCCCGAUGGUGAACUAUAUGCCAGUGGUUCUGAGGAUGGUACUUUGCGUUUAUGGCAAACUACUGUGGGCAAAACUUAUGGUCUCUGGAAAUGUACUGAACCUAAUGAAUUAAACAACUCUUUAAAUUCACCCCGUGAAGUACAUGCAAAUUAAUUUUAAAUUAUACAACACAUCCCUCCCCUGUCCUUUUCUAUUAUAUUUGUACUUUUUUUAUAUUUAAAUUUUUGAUUUAAUUUGCUAAAUAUCCUUUACUUGCUAUAAAAGGUUAAGUUGCAUGUAAAUUUUAACCGGAAACAAGCAAAAAAAAAAAAAAAAAGUAAAAUAUUUUUUCUUUAGUUUUCUAAUUCCUAAAUGCUGCUAUUUUUCUCAUAUUAUUUCAAAAUUGUAUUUGAAAAAUAUUUGCUCUAAAUAUUAAACAAAAAAAUAAUGAACAAUAA